UGACGUCAUGUUGCUGGUUCUUUCUAAGGAUUACACGCUACAAAUGCUUGUAGUGCAGUAUUCCAAAUUUCUUCGAUUUCCUUGCUCUCAGCCGUUGUAUUUUACCGUCGGGGAUCUAAAUCUGUUGCAAUAUUAGAGAAGAACCAUGCAGAUAACGUUUAAAACUCUCCAACAACAAACUUUCAAGCUUGAAAUAGACGAGUCUGCAACGGUGGCAGAUCUCAAAAACCAACUGGAAACUGAGAAAGGAAAGGAUGCUUAUCCCAAGGCUAGCAUCAGACUUAUAUAUGCUGGGAAAAUAUUAAAUGAUGACCAGCCAGUAUCAGAGUACAAAAUUGAUGAAAAGGGUUUUGUUGUCAUUAUGGUAACAAAGCCAAAGGCUGCACCCGCUCCAGCUCCAAGCCAACCUGUAACAACACCUCAGCCCACUGCUGCAACAGUCACAGAAAGUACAGCAAGACCUGCAGAUGAGUCUAAGCCUGAAAGCUCUGACGCUGAUAAACCCAAAGUUACAGAUGAGCCUGAAUCAACAACAAGUCCAGCUGUUUCUACUGCUGCUCCAUCAUCUAGCUCGGAUCAAGUUUUGUCCACCGCUGAAUCAACUCUUGUUACUGGGCAGGACUAUGACAGAAUGGUGGAUGAAAUAAGUGCAAUGGGAUUCGAGAGGGAAAAGGUUAACCGAGCUCUCCGAGCAAGUUUUAACAAUCCAGACAGAGCUGUGGAGUACUUGAUGAGUGGUAUACCAGAGAUGCCCCAGUCCCAAGAACAAGACGAACAACAAGGAGAGGGUGGAGACGAUGCACCAGCCUCUGGAGGUAACCUGGAUUUCCUGCGCUCGCACCCUGCAUUCCUUAGCUUGAGGCAGCAGGUUCAACGAAACCCUCAAUCAUUGACACUUUUACUUCAGCAAAUGGGACAGGAAAACCCACAACUCCUGCAGCUUAUUAGCCAAAAUCAAGAGGAGUUCAUAGGUAUGUUAAACAGCCCCGAUAUUGGUCCUGCCCCUGGAGUGGGUUCACAGCCACCCCAGCCUGGCUCAGGAGGUGAACAGGACUUAGAAGCACCACCUGCUGAGGCAGGAUACGUUAAUGUUACACCACAAGAAAAAGAAGCUAUUGAGAGGCUAAAACAACUUGGAUUUCCAGAAGUUCUAGUUAUCCAAGCCUAUUUUGCUUGUGAAAAGAAUGAGACGUUGGCUGCCAACUUUCUACUAAACCAAGCGGAUGACUAAACGUAACCAAGACGUGAUUUUCUCCCGAUCUGUUAAAUUACAAAGUCUCUGAUGUUUUGCAUGUCCGAAAAGAACAUUCUAUUAAAAUUGGAAGUUCAUUUUCUCGCAGGUGGACCAUCUUACCGGCCUAACUAAUACUGCUUAUCAUAAUUAUUAUUAUUAGAUAUGGUAAAGCAUACAAUUAUAAUUAUGGUGUUAUUAUUUUAUUAUUUGCGGUUGUUCGACUUGCUAAGUGUUAUAUUGUACCAAACCCCUGUAAUUAGAAUGUAUUCAGUGAUUUUAUUUCAAUGAUGUUCUUCCAGAUGAUUGUGUGGUCAAUCAUCCUACUCGUCUGAGUCUCAAGAUUCAUAGGCGUUAAAGUGAAUAAACUACUGUAAUUGAUUCUUACAAACUUCCUCGCGAUUAGAUGGGAGUGCAAUUUCUCGAGUCGCUUUGCUAUGGAACAUUGGCCAUGAGCAAAGAGAAAGUUGGCGUGUAUGUCGCUUGUGUUAGAGUCUAAGAUACAUCAUGACAUAAGCAUUUACAAGCUGGGGUGGACACCAAAUUCAGAGUUCGAACUUGGUACAAUUUUGUUGCUUCAGAAUUAAAGAUUUUGUGAUGUAACCAGUUUGAAGAUCUGCAACUGAAUGCAGUUAAGAGACGUUGUCCAGUCACAUUCAUCGUUUUUAGUUUGGAUUAAUAGAGAGCCUGGAAGAGGAAUAUAGGAGCAAGGGCUCAAUAUGCUUUCCUGCCGCUGUGUUCCCUUGGUGGGACGAAAUAUCUGCCCCUCCCCUCGUAUUUCAGCUUCAUUUAUUCAUGGAUGACUAAUACAUCUUUAUUUGUGGUGGAGUUCACGUAGUUAUGCUUACCCAAAGAUCUCAUCGUUACUGCCAUAAUUGCUUGGAUUAAAAUGG